GUCAAGCUGCUUAGCACAAUUUGGAUCUGUGUGUUUUGAUUGUGGGUAAUUUCAUUGUUCAUUGUGUUAAUGUGAUCUGGGUAGGAUUUGAUAAUUUUCCUUAAAUAUUAUAAAGGUAGGCUUGUGACUGUUUCUGGGAAUGUCUCACACCUCAUUUUGCAAUGCAAUUUUUGGUUAUGAGUGAUGACAGAUGGUCGAUCUCGGCUAGAACAAAUCAAAUUUGAAUUGCAAAAAUUGCAGGUCUUUUGUCUUAGGAACACCAUGGAAUUUUUCCUGUUUGCUUUGUUUGCUGUUUUUAGUUCAGUGCACAUCAGUAAUGCAGUGGAACUCACAUUUGAGCUGCCAGAUAAUGAAAAACAGUGUUUCUAUGAAGAUAUAAAGGCUGGAGAAAAAACGUCAGUGGAAUUUCAGGUGGUCACGGGCGGCAACUACGACGUCGACUGUCAGAUCAAGGGGCCCGACGACCGCAUCCUGUACAACAAGGUGAAGGAGCAGUACGGCGACCACUCGUUCACCACUGAGAAGGCUGGCACCUACUCGGUGUGCUUCAGUAACGAGUUCUCGACGUUCUCGCACAAGAUCAUCUACCUGGACUGGCAGACGGGCGAGGAGAAACCGCUGCCUGGUCUGGAGGAGCACCACCAGGCCCUCACACAGAUGGAGACUUCAGCGCAGGCCGUGCACGAAAACCUCAACGCCGUCGACGACUACCAGACGCACUACAAGCUGCGCGAGACGCAGGGCCGCAAGCGAGCAGAGGAGCUGGGCGAGCGCGUGCUGUACUGGUCGGUCGGCGAGACGAUCGCCAUCCUGCUAGUCACCAUCGGACAGGUAUUCGUACUGAGGAACUUUUUCGCGGAAAAGAAGCCGUCGGAGAUGGGCUACCGACAGCUGCACUAGUGCUAUAGGAUGUGGUGCAGUGUGGUAAGGAGUGGUGCGUCUGAUGCAUUGUGGUGCGUAGUGGUGCAGUGGUGAGUGACGUGUUAUCACUGACGUGCCGUGUGGUGUGACGUGUAGCGCUGACGUGCCGUGUGGUAUGACGUAUGCUGCUGACGUGCCGUACGUUGUGACGACGUAUGACGCCAACGUGCCCCGCGCGCUGGUCUGGAGCGUGUGUGCCGGCGUGUGUCCGGGGUUUUCCACUGCCGGUCGGAGGCGGGAGGCGCCGCCCGGGGAGGGGGCGGCCGGAGGCGAGCAGCGAGCUGUCUCGGCACGGGGCGGCCGGUGGCGAACAGCGCGGUGUCUCGGCACGGGGCGCCGCUGCCGCCGAUGGCGCGGAGCGUGUUCAGUAGCGGGUGCCGGGAUAGUCCUGUGCACCGUCUUUCUCAGCUGGUGUCCGGGGGCGCGCGGUCGGAGGAUGGCGUCCGGUGGGUGGUGAGAGGGCCUGUAGCGGUGGCCGGGAGCGGUGCCUGGUAGAGCUUGGGCGGGCGGGCGGGCGUAUCGCCGGCGGUGGGGGGGUGCGGGCGGACGUUUGAGCGUUUGACACCAAAGGUUCGGCAUUGCCAUCAGAGUUGUGUCGCAAACCGAAUUGAUAGAUUCACGCUGUUCGGCUCAACGGUAUACGUAGCAUGUUUGUUGAUGUUUCCUAAAACUGCCGGCUAACAGCUUGUUGAAUUGAGCUAAGCACUUUCAAUGACGUUUCGCCGUAGACACUUUUGUUAUUACGGAGCGAGCGAAGCGAGCGUAGUCUUUCCUUAGAUUAACAGAAAUUUCUGAGUAUGAG